AUGGCUCCUUUUUGUAAAUUUUCCUUGGAGCUCAAACCAUCUGAGGGUCUUGGAUUUAUUGAAUUGGGCAGGUCUCUUUAUCAGAUAUUUUCGUUACUUCGAAAGCAUGGUAUGCACAACGACAUUCGUUUUAUCUAUGCCAACGAUUCAAAAACUACAAUUCUUCAACUGACCAAGCUAAACAUCAACCUCGUGUUUGAUGCAUGCAGCCAUGUUUUGCUGCUUAUCGAAAUAAACCAGGUCGGUAGUUAUGGCGUCGAGUACAAAUAUAAAGGCGAAUGCAUGUCUUCCUUGCACUUCAAGCACAUAUACAACAAGAUCUUUGGUCCGACGUACCCGGGGACUAAGGACGAAUUGUCAAAGAGCUACCGGCUUUCUUAUCCAGGAAUUGCAUUUCUAUUCAAUAUCGAGGGUGUGGCUUUGAAUCAAGGCAGCGACGACCUGAUUAGGACUCUUAACAACAGCAAAGACGAUAUUAAUUGCUUCUCCAUCACCAUCUUCAAGGGAGACAGCUGGCACGAGGGUGCUCAGAAAAUCAGGGACGUGAUCGGAGAUACUAAUAUGACUAACAAGAUCCGUUAUUUAUCUGAUCUAUUCCCGUCAAGUAAUGUUCCCCAAAACAGUAUGGGAUAUGCGUUGAUUGAUUUGCACGCCAGACCGAGCGUGUCAAUUCCAGAAUACUCCGAAAUUGCUCUUGUUAUUGGAGUGUCCACUAUGCAGGAGGUGACGUCCAAGCUGGGACCUCCAGACGAUACCCUACUCAAACACAGAGAGAUCACCAGUUAUGGCUCGAAGACCAUCAAGAUAUACAAGAUCCAUAAUUAUUUCCGGUACGGACUGGAUUUGAUUUAUGUGCUUGACGAGACCAGGAAUGGUUCAAGCAUCCUCGCAAAGAUCACAAUACAUUGCAAUGUUGAGAACUCGCUAGAAUUUUUGAAGUAUGAGAAGCUUAAUUUCAAGAUUGAAUCCUUGAUAUCGACAGAGACAGUGUACAGCCAUCAGUCAUUCGACGAGAUUCAGCAGCUUCUGCCUCGAGAGCUAGAGAACAAAUUUGUGUUUUUGAACAGGAAAGAAUAUGAGAUUAACUCUUUCAGUAUAAAUUCUGAUAACGCAUUUGAAGUUAUUGAUUACGAGGAUAAUUUUGAUAGCAGUACAUCUGUGGAGGACGAAAGCACAUCCAGCGCGAACGCAGAAGAGAAUGAGGAGUACAAGAACUGGGGAUUAACUAAGCUUUUUGGAUAUGGCAGGUGUCUUUUUGAAAUCCUCAUUGACGGCAACCGGAUUAGCUCGAUCACAAUAGUUUAG